UGGUUGCGAAGUGCGCACGAGUAGGACGGAGAAGUGAAUGAUUACCUAGUAACUACACGUAUUAAAAACGACAAAUAGUGACUAUUUUAAAUCACAAUGUACUAAAAUUCAGUGCCAACAUUUUGAAAAUUAAAACAAAAUUAAUUAUCGAAAUAUUUUGCUAAAAAAGUAAAGAGAAAAUAUAAUAUGUACCCGCAAUCAAAAGUACCGCCGGUUCGGCCGCGCUCCAGUUUAUCAACAGACGACCAUCAUUACCGCGUACGAGACUGUGAUUCACGGCAUUGCCGCAAAAAACCGAAUAACGCAUUCAUAACGCUUGUUGGUUUUUGCUUGGUGUUACUCGUUUUGUGCGCAUUCCUACUGGGUGCGCUCAUUUAUGUCGGCCGAACUAUUGUGAACGAGCCCGCGCUUAUGAGAACUGCGGCAACAACAGCAAAAUCCAGCGAAUAUUUGGCAAACGAUCAAUUGUUUUCACCAGCGGAUCUAUCAAUUUUAAGGAUUAGAACAACAACAGACUUUUCUACUUCUUUGGCGACACAUUCCACUAGCGAUUCCAAAAUGACAUCGUCUGCAUUAGCCAUUGAACCUGCCAUAGUUGCUGCCUCAAAAGUACUGCAAAAAUUGAGUUUUCGUUUACCGAAGGAAAUCCGGCCAAAACAGUACAAUUUGCGUUUGACACCAGAUUUAAUCAAUAAAACUUAUCAGGGCAGUAUUAAAAUGAAGUUGGAAGUGCUUAGCCCAAUAUCCUACAUACCGGUGCAUGCGAAAAAAUUAAAUGUGAUUACGGAAGAGGUGGUACAGUUGAGUGAGGGUGGAGCGCCUUUAGCUAAACUCACGCCAACAUUGACCUUUGCACAUCCGGAACUGGAGUAUUGGGUUACAGAAUUUAAAGAUCCUUUGGAAAUUGGUAACUACUCGCUGCAACUAACAUUCAACGGGUCGCUCACCGACCGUAUAGUGGGCUUCUACGCAUCCUCGUAUUUGGAUAGCAAAACAAAUGAAAGAAGAUGGAUUGCCACAACUAAAUUUGAACCGACUUAUGCGCGCACAGCCUUCCCUUGUUUCGACGAGCCGGCACUAAAAGCCACAUUUAUUAUUACUGUCGCGCGUCCAACUGAUGGCGGCUAUCAUGCGCUUUCAAAUAUGCCUAUUCAGAGCGAAGUCGUAAAUGGCAAUAUUACCGAAGUAACUUUCGCAGAAAGUGUACCCAUGAGCACAUAUCUGGCCUGCGUAAUUGUAUCCGAUUUUACUUCUCAAUCGAAAACUGUAAAUGGCACAGCGACAGGCACUGACGAUUUUGAAAUGCGUGUCUUUGCAACAUCCAAUCAGAUCGAAAAGGUCACUUAUGCCUUGGAAACCGGUGUUGGCAUCACUGAAUAUUACAUUGAGUAUUUCAAUGUCUCAUAUCCAUUGCCAAAAUUGGACAUGGCUGCAAUACCAGACUUUGUGUCGGGCGCUAUGGAACAUUGGGGUUUGGUGACAUAUCGUGAAACAGCGCUACUUUAUGAUCCCACAAUCAGUUCGAGUACUAACAAACAGCGUGUUGCCACCGUGGUGGCGCACGAAUUGGCGCAUAUGUGGUUCGGAAAUCUGGUCACAAUGAAAUGGUGGAAUGAUUUGUGGCUAAAUGAAGGCUUCGCCUCCUACAUUGAAUACAAAGGAGUAAAUAAGAUGCAUCCAGAAUGGGAUAUGCUCGAUCAAUUUAUUGUCGCUGAUUUGCAUGGUGUACUCGAUUAUGAUUCCUCUUUGGCCUCACAUCCUAUUGUGCAAACGGUUGAAAGUCCGGCGCAAAUUACAGAGCUUUUCGAUACAAUUACAUACUCGAAAGGCGCUGCCGUUAUACGUAUGCUAGAAGAUCUAGUUGGGGAGGAAACAUUCCGUAAUGCCACCACGAAUUAUCUUGAAAAAUACUACUACGGCAAUGCAGAAACGGAUGAUUACUUUACAGAAAUUGAAGCAUUGGUAUCUGAUUCCGACAUAAAAUUAAUUAUGCAAACAUGGACUGAACAGAUGGGUUUGCCUGUUGUGGAAGUGCAAAAGGAUGGCAACACUUAUACGCUUACGCAAAAGAGAUUUUUGUCAAAUCCAGAAUCCUAUAAUGCUACGUUUGAGGAGUCGAAAUUCAACUACCAUUGGUCUAUCCCAAUCACAUAUUUUACAAGCGAUAAUUCUUCGGUUGAGCGUACAAUCUUCAAUUACAACGAUAACGAAGUUAAAAUAACGCUAAGCGCAGCUGUCGAUUGGAUUAAGUUUAAUAAGAAUCAAGUGGGCUAUUACCGUGUAAAUUAUGCACCUGAACAAUGGCUGGAACUGACGAAUGCCCUAAUUAAUGCACGCGGCCAGUUUAGCAAUGCCGACCGUGCCCAUCUCAUUAAUGAUGUAUUCGCUUUAGCCGCUGCCUCACAGCUGGAUUACAGUAUUGCACUUAACUUUUCGACGUACUUGGAAAAAGAAUUAGACUAUGUGCCAUGGUCUGUGGCCAGUUCGAGUCUAGGAAAUUUGAGAAAUCUGCUCUACUACACCGAUUCAUUCCGCGAUUUUGUAGUUUUCGUACGAAAACUGUUAGUGAAUGCUUAUCAAAGUGUCACCUGGGAAGUGAGCGCGGAUCAUUUGGAUAACUUAUUGCGUAUUAAGAUACUUAAUUUGGCUGGUAAUUUUGGUUAUGAGCCAAUGUUAACGGAAGCAUCUACUCGUUUCACUGCUUGGCUGAAUAAUUCCACCGAUAGACCCGAUCCUGAUAUUCGUUCGGCUGUGUAUUACUAUGGCAUGCAAACUGCAGGCGAUGAAAAGUCGUGGGAUCAAGUGUGGGAGUUAUUCAUUAAUGAGACUGAUGCUCAAGAGAAAGUAAAAUUGAUGGAGGCCUUGUCGGCGGUGAACUCUCCAUGGAUUUUGCAGCGUUACAUUAACUUGGCAUGGAACGAAAGCUAUGUACGCGGUCAAGAUUACUUCACCUGCCUCUCAUACAUAUCAACUAAUCCCAUUGGUCAAAGUUUGGUGUGGGACUAUGUGCGUGAGAAUUGGCUACGUCUAGUUGAACGCUUUGGCAUUAACGAACGUUAUCUGGGUCGCUUAAUUCCAACGAUUACUCGCCGAUUUGUCACACAAACAAAAUUGGAAGAAAUGGAAGCAUUCUUUGCGAAAUAUCCUGAAGCAGGAGCUGGCACAACAGCACGCAAACAAGCACUGGAAACAGUCAAAUUUAAUAUUAAUUGGUUACAGCAGAAUAAGGAGAAAAUAGCGGAAUGGCUAGCGACACAAUAAGACACAAUACACGGUUGACAAUAGUGGGACGACGGAAACUCCAGUGGUUAGCACAUAAAUAAACGAAUUUAUUAAUAUCGUAUUCCACCCAUAGUCAUGAUUUCGUGAAUUUAUUAAAGCUUUUGUUUACUUUUUACCUAUAAAUAGUAUUGCGAGUAGUAUUGUAAAUUUAUAUAACUACUUAAAUCGGAGUGUAAAAUUUGUUAACUUUUAUUGAAGUGCGAAAAUUGGAAACGAAGACAAUAAAAAAAGGUUGUUUAUAAAAGUAAGUGAAUCUAAA